AUGGCUAGAGCAAUUAAAGGGAGCUUGGUUCAGUGUGACCCUUCUAUAAAGGCGCUAAUUGUGAAUAUUGAUGCAGAAUACAAGGAUAUUGUGAUUGAAGAACUUGACGACACUCAUCUUCUUGUCGAUCCGGCAAAGAUUCCAUUCAUAAAGAGGGAAUUAAACAUUUUAUUGUCGAAGAACAUGUACAAUCCUGACGACGAGGUACAGGUUUCAUAG